GUCGGACGGGCCGGGCGGGGCGCGCGUCCUUCCCGGUAGCCGGUCGGUCGCUUGUGUGUUCCGCUCCGGACGCCGGUGGUUUCGCUGGGACCCAGGUCCCCCAAAGGUGGACCCGCCCUGACCUGGCACCCUGUCCCUGGCCACUGUCCUUCCUAAGGAACUUGCCCGCCAGAACUCACCGGCACGGAUCUGCUAGGGGACCCUUCUUAGGAGCCGAGACCAUGGCCAUCUUCAGGCAGCUCUCCCUGGGCGGGAAGGCCGCCCUGGCCGCCGGCACCGUCUUCGUGUCCAUGAUCAUCUCCCGCUCCUACCUGGCCGAGAGCCUCGAGGUGCGGGCCUGGCGCUGGCUGUUCCGCCUGCAGCUUGCCCUGUUUGCCAACUCGCUCAUGCUCAUCGGCUCCCUCUACAUCUGGCGCAGCACCGUGGGCAGCCUGGGCCACGCGGCAGCCUCGCCGUCGGCCUGUUUUCGCCUCUGGAAGGCGGCGGUCGUGGCCUUCCUGGCCCUGGCCCACUCCAGCUUCUUCACCAUGCUCUUCCUGGUGGCCGAGGAGCCCUACCUCUUCUCCCUGGCCGCCUACGCCUGCCUCGGGGCGUACAUCCUCAUGCUCUUCUUCCUCGGCACCCUCAGCGGCGUAGAGCAGGCCUGCCAGCUCCUGGCCUGGCGCAGCGGCCGGCCGGUGGGCAGCCCGGACAAGGCGAGGAGGCUGGUGCUGCGGCCGGCCCUGGCGGUGGCGGUGACUGCCGUGCUGAGCCUCGCGGGGCUGCUGAACGCCGCCCAGCCGCCCGCGGUGAGGACGGUGGCGGUGCCCAUCCGCCGGCUGCCCGCCUCCAUGGACCGCCUCAAGAUCGCGCUCCUCUCGGACAUCCACCUGGGCCCCACCGUGGGCAGGGCCAAGCUGGAGACGUUCGUGGGGAUGGUGAACGCGCUGGAGCCCGACGUCACGGUGAUCGUGGGGGACCUGUGCGACGCGGAGGCCGCCGCCCUGCGGACGGCCGUGGCCCCGCUGGGCCGGCUCCGCUCCCGCCUGGGCACCUACUUCGUCACCGGCAACCAUGAGUACUACACGUCGGACGUGGGCAACUGGUUCGCGCUGCUGGAGUCCCUGGGGGUGAGGCCCCUGCACAACGAGAACGUGAGGAUCUCUGCCCCCCGGGCCAGCAAGGAGGAGGAGGAGGACGCCUGGAUCUGCUUGGCCGGCGUGGAUGACAUCGAGGCGGACAUCCUGCACUACGCCGGCCACGGGAUGGACCUGGAGAAGGCACUGGCGGGCUGCCGCCCGGACCAUGCCACCAUCCUGCUGGCCCACCAGCCCCUGGCGGCCAAGAGAGCCCUCCAGGCCCGGCCGGAUAUCGACCUGAUCCUUUCCGGGCACACCCACGCCGGGCAGAUCUUCCCCUUGAACGUGGCGGCCUACCUCCUGAACCCCUUCUUCGCCGGCCUCUACCAGGCGGCCCAGACCACCUACGUGUACGUCAGCCCAGGCACGGCCUACUACGGCAUCCCCAUGAGACUGGGGAGCCGGGCCGAGAUCACAGAGCUCAUCCUGCAGCGGCCGGCUCCCUGAACCCGGCCCCGCCCUCUCCCCCCUCCUCCCCCGCCCUGGCCCUCGUCCUCUCUCCCUCUGCUGCGGGGCGGGCUGCCUGCUUUCUUCCCCCCCCCCCUCCCCCCCAGCCUUUCCUGCCCAGCCCUGCGGACACACCCUGGCCACCGCUUGGUUUGAACCGUGAUUUGUGGUGGGGCCGCCGGGCAGGUUAGCUCUGUAGACGGCCAGCUGCUUUCUUCUACGCAUUUGUGAGGUCACCAGUCACAUGCGUAAGAACGGGCGCCUGUUGUCCAGACGAUGCGGCGUUAAGUCCCCCCUCCCAGGAAUAAACCACAUUAAAGAAACACGGGGUGGCUUGCAAGGGAUGCCUCCUAGAAAGCAGAGUGGGGAGGGAACUCUGAGUGCCUUUCAGACCCUCCUAGGACUUGGGCAGAAUCAUGGAUGCAGAGCCUUCUGGGUGAGGGGCGUGUUGCUGGCCAUCUGGGAGAGCCGGUGGGAUGGAGGCCCCUCCGGCUGCUGGAGGAGAAGAACUUAUUUCCCCCCAUUGGUUCUUUCAGAGUCUCCUCUAUGGAGAGAACUGGCAGAACCUGCUGGAGUACAGAGCUCAUCUUAGUCCAGGCCUGGAGGGAUGCUGUUCCUGUCGGUGCUCCUGGGCCUCGGGGAUGGUGGGGA